GAAGAGUUGGUACUCGCCCAUUAAACCCUCGAAGAAGAAGAAGAAGAAGGGUUUGCCGCGUGAAGACUCUUGUGUCGGUGGCGGACACACAGAAAGUCGUGUGCAAUGGACUUCUUUGGCGAUAUGUUGGUUCAGUACCCCCAGUUCAUAUAUGGUGGGGUUGGAGCGACUGCUCUUGUUGCUGGAAGUACUUUAUUAUACCGAAUAGCUAACAGAAAGAAACCCACGCAUGUGAACGUCAACUGCUGGUUCUGUGACCAGGACACUGUAGUUCCCUAUGGAAAUCGGAAUCGCUUUGAUUGUCCGCACUGUGAGCAGUACAAUGGAUUUCAGGAGAAUGGUGACUACAACAAGCCCAUACCAGCCCAGUACAAGGAGAACCUGAACCAUGGCGUGUCGGCUGUCACCACUCCACCAGAGACCCCCAAGACACUACAGUGGGUGAACUGUCAGAUGCUGCUCUGCAAGAAGUGCAAUAAUAAUCAGACUCUCAAGAUCAAACAGCUGGCCUCUUUCAUACCCAGAGAUGAUGACAACUAUGACGAGGAGAUUGAGACGUACAAAUACUACUUGGAGCAGGCCUACAAGCUGUGCCGGCCCUGCCAGAUGGCUGUGCAGUCCUACAUCAAGCACCAGAACCGCCAGCUCCGUACACAGCUCUUCAACCACCAGCUGAGGCGGAGUCGCGAAGCUGACAAAGCUUUCACCAUGAACACCUACUCCCUCCCUACGCCUGCGCGUGUGGUCUUCCUCCGCAUCCUGGCCUUCCUGCUCUGCGUCUUCCUGCUCAUAGUGGCAUUGUGCGGCUCUCUGGAAGCAGAUCCCACCGCCACACAGAGCAGCCCGCCCACCCUCAGUGGUGGAGUGGCACCCCCUAAGCAGGCCCAAGGGAACGAGAGCACCACGGAGCAGAGCAGCGGGGAUGGUUGGCAGGCUGGACAGGUGUUGACUGAUCUCCAGAACAUGCUGCCAGAGGUGGUGAUGGAAAAGGUUAAGGGGGUGUGGCAGUAUGGCGUUGACCAUCAGACAGCUGUCGCCUCCACUGGCCUGAUAACCUGCCUCACCGGAGUACUACUGGCUGGACCUAUCAGACUGAGGAGAAUUGAUGCGAUCGUCUGUGUGCUGUGGUUCGUGGUCACCUGCCUCUACUGGUCAGCCGACUACCUGAAGGCUGACGCACCGGGCUGGCUUGACAUGGUCCAGUUCGGCACCACGUGUCUGUGCUGUCUUGUUACCUUUGCUGCUGCCGUGCGACCUCGUAAAUCCUUGGGGCAAAGAAGAGCCGCCGGCCGAAGGUCGUUCUUUGGCGGGUCUGUGUACAACCCUCCGUCCCCUCUACUCUCUGUGCCAACCUGCGCCUCCACCUUUGUGCCCUCUCCGCCCCCCAACCUGUACCACCUCAUCGCCAGGCACCAGCAGAGCCAGAAGGCCCGCAAGGCCUCCCCUUACUCCCUGCCGGGCAGACUCAACCGGGCCCUCUCCUUGGGGACCAUCCCCUCGCUCACACGAACAGACGCAGGAUACCUCUUCAGUGGAAGUCGACCCUCCUCACAAUGCCAGGACUCUCCCCCGUCAGACCUUUUUUCCCAGAAGUCUGUGAGCCGUCCCUCCUCUCCCGCUCCCUCGGUGGCGGACUCGGUGCUGUCCAUGUCCAGUCACCCCCUCAUCAGCCCAGCGAGGCUCAACCUCAGCGGCAGCAGACUUCAGCUCUUCUCCUCUCCACAGGAGCCUGCAGCCUUUAUGGGGGAUGCAGGCUUCCUCUUCAGUGGAAGCCGACCCCCUUCACAGUGCCAGGAUUCUCCCCCAUCAGACUAUUUUUCACUAAAGUUCGGGAGUCGUCCGUCCUCUGCCGGUCCCUCCUCCCCAACCCCCUCGGUGGCAGGCUCAGUCACCUCCACCUCCAGCUCUGCCAGGCAGCGUCGACCCCUCAUCAGCCCAGCAAGACUCAACCUCAGUGGCAGCAAGCUGCAGCUCUUCACCUCUCCACAGGAGCCCCCAGCCUUCCCCACCCCUCCCUACACGCCAGACUCCUUCUCUAACGACCUUGGCUCACUUCACAUGAGGCACACUCCCGAGCUUCAGGAGAGGGAGGAUGAGUUCUCUGAGUCCUCUGCGUCCUCGAAAUGUCCAGUGGACACAACCACCGCCAACGAAAAUGAGAGCAAGUCUGCACUGCCAGGUGUGUUCACCAGGUCCAUCUGGCCCAAGCUGCUUGUUGUGAGCCUGACUGCCAACCUGACUGCCUCUGUCUACCUGUACCUCAACUGGAGAUAAGCAGCGCUGCUUUACCUGCUCUCAUCUGACACUGUGGAGGAGAGGGGAUUCGAGGAGUGUCCAAAACCUAUGCUCUCCUGAAUGUAGUUUAUCCUUUUAAGAAGGCUUGAUCUCCAAAGGUGGUCUCAGACGAUACGUGGUCUCAGCCGAUACGUGUAUAUCAUGCAACUGCAAAGUCAUAAUAGACACAAAAUAAGAGCACUUGUCAUAUGCUACAAAACUUGCUGAUUUUUUUUUUCUUUUUUAAAGAUGAAUCUGGAUUGAGCUGAUGCGUUUCAAAAGGCCAUGGAAAGCUCUUUUUUAUCCUACAUAUUCUAAUGUUCCGUUAAAUAAGCAGUGCCUGAAAGCACUCACUGAAAGACUCAACUCAGUGGGUUUGAGGAUAGCUACUAGCAAGCCCACUAUACUGUAACUACGAUGGACCUUCAUCAGUGUAUGACAUUUUAAGACAAGAAGAUUGGGGGGCUGUAAUUAUGGCUCACGUCUCCUCUAACGCCUGCUUUCACAGAUCCUUAAAGAGGCAAUUUUGGUGUUUUUGGUAUGUUAGAACACGAGUUGAUACUGGCAUUCAAAAAGAAGUAUUGAAAUGUUUUUAGUUGCAAAUCAUUUGAUACAAGACUUGCUUUUAAAGGGAGCACCCUGCAGUAGUAAUCUUGUGUGUUAACGUGCCCAAAAUAAUUUUUGUUAUCUAAUGUCCAACGAUGGUAUGUUUUGUUACACUUGAAAGAAGAGGGAAGUGCUGCACACUCCCGAGUUGAAGAAAUUAUACGUUGACUUGUCACAUUAAAAGAUAAUUUCUGCAACUCAGGGGUGUGCAUCCCUUUUCUCUUCUUUCAAGUGUUUUCCUGGUUGCCAGCACCUCAUUUUCUGGUGUGUGUUUUGCUCCUCUACUCACCUCUGUUUUGUUACACUACCAAACAACAUGUUACAGUGCAGUCCACCUCUAAUGUACCAUACUUUCCAAUGUCCCGAUUAUUCAAAGGGAACUGGUGCUCUCAUUUUUUGUUAGGGAGAUACAGCUAGAUAUUCACUGUGAAGCACAGCUUUCUUAUUUAAAUGUGUUUGUAUUUAUAUUGUGAAAUCAUUAUCUUACAUUUUCCUAUGUAAUAGUCUGAAAAUGUAAGGAAGAUAUGAGUGUGUGUGUGUGAGAGAAAAAAACAUGCAGGUGUUGUAAAAAAUUGUUUCAAUGAAACAAGCAAUUGAAGGGUUUUGUAGAAACCUCUAUGUUUAGUGUGAUUUAUUGUUAAUUAUGUAUAUUAAUGCUUUUUUUGUUCCAAAAGUUAACAUGCUCUGCGGCCUUACACGCAUUGGAUUGGCAGCGACUGCUUUCUUUGUGGGAUUGUAAUAUACAAACACUGGAUUUUUGUUGACCCUUACGAUACAAAGAACUGCUAGCACUUAUCAAAGUCUUAUUAUUGUUGGAUGUCGGGGAUUAAAUUCCUGUCUCAUUCUGUGUGUAAAUGAGUACACUUUCUACAUUUGUUUGAUUGUAACCCGGUCUCUCUAGGCCAGAUGUGACCUCAGCAUUAUACAAAAAUUGUUUUGGGCUUCUACUGUAUGACGUGCUGAAAAUAGUACAUGGCGUGGUGUUAUAGUCAUAGUCAGUUUCCAAGGUUUUUCUAUGCAUGAACAGCAAAAUGUGUAAAAAAAAAUGUUUGUUCCAUCACUAACUCUGAGUUAUGUCUUUGGUUGACCUGAGUAUUGGGGUCAUUGUUCUGACGUUGCUUAGACAUGUACUUUUGUAGAGGUACUGUUCUGAUAUGGCCAUUGAAACAAGUGAUAUGUUUAGGCCUAUAUGCCAGUGAGGUGUUAUAGCAACGUAAACUACUUUACAGAUAUUCACAAGUUGGGGGACCAUGAAGGUUUUAAAAAAAUUGUAUUCCUGUGUUUGAAGGUGUUGUUUUUCCCAAUGAAUGUUAUUUUAUACAUUAGGACUGAUUUAUACUUGACGAAUGGCUAUGACUAUAAAAUCAACAGUUUCCUGUCCUUUUAAUUGUGCCCGGGAUGAUUUUUAAAACAUAUGCUAGGUUUGCCUCUGCAAUGGUGUCAUAAUUUGUCAAUAUGGGUAAAACAACAAAUCUGGAGAUAGUUGUGACUUGGAAAUAUAUUUUUGUAUGAUGUGAUGUAAAGACGAAUUACAUCAACUUACAACAACUGAUUACUGAAUUGAUGCGUUACAAUGUUAUGUUGUGAGACAGGUUAUGUUUGAGCUCAAUUGCAAAGGUCUAUGUUGAGUUUCAACCAGCUCUGUAUACAUCUUCGAGUGGAUUGUAUUUGGUUGUGUGUGUAUGCUAUUUGGUUUGUGCACGCAUUGUAAUAUACAGAGAUACAUUUUCUGCUGAUUUGCCGUUAUUGUCAUAUUUAUGUUUUGUGCCACAGUGUAUGUAAAAAUUGCUCAUCUCAUGAUGUCUAAACUGUGUAUAGAUCUAAUAAAAUGGCUAUGUACAGUAUAA